GGCGAGUUCUGCUGCUCCGCGCCAGCCGGGCUUAGUGCUGUCUGGCUUCCGCAGGCGCCGCACUCGCCGUUGCCUCCUGUUCCCCCCCCCCCUUCCUCUCAUCCGCUCUCGUUUGGAGCGCCCUCGGGUUGCGAAGGCGGCGGCCUCUUGAACUUGCCCAAACUUCCAUCUGCUGUUGUUGGUUGUUGCUGAACCGAUCGGAGGAGCCCCGAUGGAUUUAGCCCGCCGCUCUCGGCAUUGCUCCUGCCGCCUCGCUUGGCUCCUCUUGGCUUGUUGCGUCGGACCCUUCACGGCCGCCAGAAGGAACAUCCCGCGGAGUCAAGAUAGGUUGGGGCCUCCUCUGGAUAUAAUACUGGACUCAGUAAAUUGCACAGCGUUUAGCAUACAAUGGAGAAUGCCUCGACAACACGCAAGUAUUAUCUCGGGAUACACUGUAUACUAUUCAGAGGUCGCGGCCGAUAAGCCAAUUAAACAGCAGUCACAUGAUGUGCCUCUCAGUCUGGACAUGCUCAGUACUGGCCAACUUGAUGGGCAAGCAAUUUUUGAAGUUGUUAUUGGGGAUUUGAAGCCAGGAACGCUGUUCCGCGUGAGCGUUGGAGCUUAUGGCUGGACUGGAAAAGGCCGGCCCAGCAUGCCCAGAGAUGUAACAACUUUAUCAGAAGAUAAAUGCAUGCCUCCUGAUCCACCUUUCCAACCCAAAGUCAUCGUGGUUUCUGAUUCAGAAGUUGCCCUAUCAUGGAAACCAGGUCCCAGCGAAGGAAGUUCCCUAAUACAGUACUACACAGUGGAGUUUAUCAGGCCUGAACUUGACACCAAUUGGACCAUAAUUAGAGAGCAGAUCCAGAUGGACUCCAUGGUUCUGAAGGGACUAACUCCAAACUACAAAUAUCAGUUUGCUGUCCGAGCGAUGAAUUCAUACGGAUCCAGUCUGCCUAGCAUUCCCAGCGAUACUGUCAGGAUGUUUAACCCAGAGGAAUUAGGGAGUGGAAGCUAUGGGCAUCAAUAUAUCACAGACUCUGGUGUCGGGGACGAUGACGGUAUUGACAUUGAUGAUUCAGACUAUGACAUUUACAUUGAUGAGCUCAAACCACUUCCUGCUAUCAAAGGAGGUAACAGGAAGUUUUUAGUUGAAACGAAGAUCAUGCAAGGGUCUAAUCCAAGACUCCUUUCUAGGCUGCUUUCAACUCCUUCAUCUCCUACCACUUCUGCUCUGACUACGACACGCCCGCCACCUACCACUACCAGCGCCACAACCACUCUUACUGCAAAGGCCAGCAGGAAGAACACUGUCGCUUCAUUAGUGAGACAAUUUGACCAACCCUGUGAUGAAACCUUCUGCUCUACAGACAGCUUUUGUGUCAAUGACUAUGAGAGAAGUGGUUCUCGUUGCCACUGCAACCUGGGCAAAGGAGGAGAGACCUGCACAGAAGAUGUGACUAUCCAGUAUCCUCAGUUUUUUGGCUAUUCUUAUAUUACCUUUGAACCUCUGAAGAAUUCAUACCAGACAUUCCAGAUUUCUGUUGAAUUCAGGUCUGAAGCAGAGGAUGGCCUUCUCCUCUACUGUGGAGAGAACGAGCACGGACGCGGCGACUUCAUGUCAGUGGCAGUCAUCAGACGAAGUGUUCAGUUCAGGUUCAACUGUGGUACUGGAAUUGCGAUAAUCACAAGCGAGAACAAAAUUAAGCUGGGCAACUGGCACCGAGUGACCGUGUUUAGGGACGGAUUGGAUGGCUGGCUUAAGCUGGAUAACAACCCUCCGGUUUCUGGUAAAUCGCCGGGUCAAUACAGCAAGAUUACUUUCCGGACUCCUUUCUAUCUUGGAGGUGCUCCGACUGCCUACUGGCUAGUGAGGUCUACGGGAAUCAACCGGGGCUAUCAAGGCUGCGUCCAGUCACUCAACGUCAAUGGGAAGGCCGUUGACAUGCGGCCCUGGCCUUUGGGCAAAGCUCUCAGCGGGGCGGAUGUAGGUGAAUGCAGCAGUGGAAUUUGCGAUGAGGCUUCCUGUGUUAAUGGUGGCACCUGCACAGCAAGCAAAGCAGAUCGAUACAUCUGUCUUUGCCCGCUCGGGUUUAAAGGUCGACACUGUGAAGAAGCUUUCACCCUUGCCAUACCUCAGUUCAACGCGACCUUGAAAUCCUUCGCUACAACUCCCUGGCCAUUAGAACCACAGAACUAUCUUUCCUUCAUGGAGUUUGAGAUUAUGUUUCGUCCAGUUUCAGCAAAUGGUGUCCUUUUGUACAGCUAUGACACAGGGAGUAAAGACUUCCUUUCCAUUAUCAUGAUGGACAGCUUUGUGGAAUUCAGGUUUGACUGUGGUUCAGGCACUGCUAUAAUCAGGAGUGAAGAAUCCGUUAGUUUGAACCAGUGGCAUGAGCUGAAAGUGUCCCGCACAGCCAAAAAUGGCAUCUUACAAGUUGAUCAGCAAAGACCAGUUGAAGGAAUGGCUGAGGGAGCUUUUACACAGAUUAAGUGCAAUCCUGACAUAUUUAUUGGUGGAGUACCGAAUUAUGAUAAUGUGAAAAAGAAUUCAGGAGUCCUCAAACCAUUCUCUGGGAGCAUCCAGAAGAUUAUUCUGAAUGACCGGGUGAUAGACAUGAAGCAAGAUUUCACCUCAGGAGUCAACCUGGACAAUGCUCUCCAUCCCUGUGUCUACGCCCCCUGUGUCAAUGGGGGCUCCUGUGUGCCCAAGAAGGACAACUACGAAUGCGAUUGCCCCUUGGGUUUCGAUGGGCAGCACUGCCAGAAAGAGUGUGGAAAUUAUUGCUUGAACACUGUUAUGGAAGCAAUUGAAAUUCCACAGUUUAUCGGUCGCAGUUACCUCACAUAUGAUAAUCCAGAUAUCCUUAAAAGAGUGUCAGGAUCAAGAACGAACGUGUUUAUGAGGUUCAAGACAGCGCUGAUGGAUGGCCUACUGAUGUGGCGGGGAGACAGUCCUAUGAGGCCCAACAGUGACUUUAUCUCAUUAGGUCUUCAAGAUGGUGCCUUAGUCUUCCGCUAUAAUUUGGGCAGCGGCAUUGCUUCCAUCAUGGUGAAUGGCUCUUUCAACGAUGGUCGAUGGCACAGAGUAAAGGCAGUUCGAGAUGGACAGUCUGGGAAAGUCACAGUGGAUGAUUACGGUGCUAGAACAGGCAAAUCACCUGGAAUGAUGAGACAACUGAACAUCAACGGGGACUUAUAUGUUGGUGGAAUGAAGGAGAUCGCACUACAUACAAACAGACAAUACAUGAGGGGACUGGUGGGCUGCAUUUCUCACUUCACCCUUUCUACCGAUUACCAUAUUUCGCUGGUUGAAGACGCAGCUGAUGGGAAGAACAUUAAUACUUGUGGGACAAAGUAAGAGCUGGAGCAUCUUCGUGUGGAAAGGCCAGCCUGUCAUGUGCCGCCAACCACAAUCCUAAUGACUGUGCACGCUGAGGACUCUUUUCAAUGGGCCUGGAGGCAACCCUCACCCCAUUCCAAACUGAAGGAAAAUAAUUAAAAGGGGACCGUUUCACACUCUCCUUUAAAAAAAAAAAAGAAGUUGGGAUGCUGUGCUAUCUCAGUCGAAAAGCUCUGGGCCAGGACUAUGCUACUUCACUGCUACAGAUUUAGAAUAUCAUUCAGCAAGCCCCAUUGGAUAGAGCUGGUGUUUUUUAUCGGUGGGUCCUUGCGCAAGCUUCUGUCUCAGCCAGGCCUACAGCCGUGCACACCUCUCCAACAUGCACAUGCAACUGGGCAAGCACAUGAGUCAGCAGCAGUAGGCAGGUGAGAGACAAAAACUGCACAUUCCCUGGUUUUGGAGAAAUGGUAUCUGUGACCAUGAGCGGCACCUGCUUGGCUUCACUUCUAGGCAAAAGCUGUAAGGGCUUUAAUUUUCUUGUACUACUGCCUUGAUUCCCACUAGGUGUCCAGCACCCCUCCUUAAAUAAAUAUUGCAUCCUCUGCAGAGAUAUUGGGCUGGAACAGUGGUAGUAGUUGACAAAUGUAACAUCCUUGACUGCGUAACCUCAAGAUAAGGAAGAUAGAUGCUCUCAGUAACCUUGAUGGUGCAGCAGCAGAAUCUCUUGUUUUGGACCCCUGAGCCUGGACUAAAACCAUAUUCUCUGCAUCAACUGCUGAUCCAGUUUUAUUUGACCGAAGAAGCAAAGAAUUUCUAGGCUACUAAAUCCUGUUACAUAUUUGAAUAAUUCCCCAGGAGCACUACAAGUGAAAUCUCUGCACAUUGAAAACUAACAAGUUGUGGAGAAGGGUUGCACUCCUUACAUCUAGUUUUGUUCUAAUAGCGGGGGGCAGUCUAUUCAUGCAGUGACACUUCCUGUUACAAUGGUAGAAUGUUAGGAACAGUUUUGUCCAGGUGCCCUGCUGGUUUUACUUCGUCUUCUGUCUCUGCCCAGCAAACACCAGUCUUACUGCCCUUUACUCCUCCAUGUGGACAGAAGGGAGCAAAUGGAGAAGGCCUGAUAUUCUGCAGUCAUGUUGAGGCUCUGAAGACCCCACCUGUUGAUCAUUAGAGACCGGGCAUCAAUCCCAAGGACAAUGUAAACAAAGGAGCAGCUGCAUGUCUGCAAAAUGAUGCACCAAUAACAUUUUUGGAACUACAAGACCAGUGUUCGGAACACUUGGACCCUUUCUAGCAUGCAAUGUCAAGAUGACAAUCAUCAGGCAAUCUUAGUGGCGUAUUUUGAAAGCGCUGUAUUUAUGCAUUCAUUUUCCUCUUCCAGACUCAUCGUUUGCAUUUACUGAGGGGGGGAGGGAUAGAUUUCCAGCUCCAUUCUGCCCAAUGUAAAUAAUCAUCAAAAGUUAAACUCCUUUGCAGAUUCUGCUGUGUGCUGAAGAAGGACCAUACUUACUAUUUACAAAGUUUACUUUUUUAUGCAAUGGAAAAUCAACAACCACAUUUUGUAGCAGUAAUUUUGUACCUGUAUAUUUUUAUAUAGCAGCAGCUGCAGAACUAACCGGUUAGCAUAAUUUUGUAAACGGAUUAGGUGUCUCGCUAUCACCAUUUAGCAUGCUUCACAGCUAAGAGAAAGAAAGCUGAGGUGGUUCAUUGGACUGUGGGACAAAAAAAAGUUUCAUGUAUCCUCAUAAUACGGUUUCAGUGGAAAUGUCUGUGAAAUAGAACCGGUUUUACCUUCUUUUUUGUAAAUUUAGACAGUUGAAUAUGUACAUUAACAAGGCUUUCUGCUUUAAAAGUAUUGUAAAGAUGUUAAAAUUGUGCUCUACUACAA